UACUUCCCUUUACGUUUGUAGCGAAGUUUAGCGAAAAUGGCGCUAACAAUGAAAAGAUGACAAUCCGUCGAUUUUGAUUAGCAUAGACUGACGUGAAUAUUGGAAACAAGCAUUGUGUACCAGACACAAAAGCUUCCCUGUAACUUACAUCAAUUGUGUGGCAUGCACACCUGAGACAAGAUGCUUGGUUCACUGUCAGCACUUGGAUCUCUUCAGUCUGCUGCCACUGCCAAACAACAAAGUGAAAAAGAGGUAGCUAUCAAACAGCAGAUAAAGCAAGCACAGCUGCAAAGAAUUGAAGAGUUGAAAAAGAAACGUGAAAAGCUGAAGGAACUGUUGCAGACUGCGGCAGCUGAAGCUGACGAAUUACACGCUGUGGAAGAAAAUGGCAGUGGCUCAGAGCUAAGGCGUGCAGAGGCAUAUUGCAAGAAGCUUCGUGAACAAUUAAAUGUCUACAAAUUAACAGGUGUUGCAAUUACUGAAUCAGACCAUGUCAGCAAACUUCUCUGCUUCACUACAUCUUUUAAAGGUAUCUAUCUGGAGUCAUACCAUGUGAAAUUGCAGCGUUUGUCUUCAGGACACUUCAAAAUUGCCCACCAUGACCUCCCUGCUUUCAUUGUUUUCUCAAAGCUGCCAGAAAAUCUUGAAGUGAAAGAUCUGCAAUCAUUUGUGCAGCCUGUCAGAGAGUUAUUAGCAAUGUAUAUCAUUCGUCGAGAAGAAGUAAAGCAAGCUGAGACCAAAUUCUCCUCAGUCCUGUAUGUGGCUGAAAAAAGUGGGCCAGUUGAUUUCUUAUGUUUUCGUCUUGACAUUCAGCCAAACCUGCAAGCAGAAAUCACUUUGAAGUAUGCAGAUCUAUGUACUGCCACACCAACAACAGUUACUGUGGUCCCAGUUAAGAAAGGUAAUCUUGUGCAUCAAAAGGGACUGCCUGAUUCUGUCAGCUUAGAGCUUCAGCAUGUUUUCUCAGAGAACAGAUUAACUGCUGCCAUUGGCUUAGCAUUGGAACUCUUGGUAGCUCACUUUAGGAACCAGACAGAGGCAAGCAUCACAUGAAGACCACACAUGAGACCAAUGGAAUGGACUGGCAUGUAAUGCUGAAUCCAAGGAAAUAGUGCUGUCAAGGGAGUCAUGCUAGAAGAACUGUUGCUUGAGGAACCUAAGUUGCAGAAUCUCAGGAAACUUGUCAGACUGCUGAACCCAUGAGCCAAGAUAAGUCAGGAAUGGGAACUGCAGUCCUGUUGUACCAUAGAGAUACCAGUGCAAAGAUGAAAAUUUCCCAUAUGGAUAGAGACCUAUAGGUGAGAACAGCAUAGAAACUAGGUUUCUUUUAGUACUUCAGUGGUGAGUCGGCAAACAUUAAUGAAAGAGCUCGAAGAUGCUAGGGUGGUUGCUGUUUCAGGAAGACUAAUACAGGCACACCUUUAAGAACUAUAGAACUUUUAUAUUCAUUAGUCAGAUCACAGGAGACUUAUCUUUUUAUUGCAUCUAACCUAGUGCUAACUUGUGACCCUCCAGAUUUCUCUGAUUAACUGGCUAAACAAUGGAAUGCGGUGUGAUAGCAUGCCCAAUGGCAGCAGUAGCCUUACAUGAUAUGUAAAUAAUUAAAAACAGGAAGUAGCAGCCUUGUGUUGACUGUAGUCUUGUUUACAGGUGGUAACUACUUUGAGAUCACAAUAAAUGUAAUAUGCAAGUAGUAAAA